GGUUGGGAGCCUAGAUAAGGGUGGGGCCUAAAAGCGUUAGUGGUUAGCUAUUCAUCGCAUCCAAAGCCAUUUAUCCCAAAUUUGAGCGCAGAUAGAGUUGCAGGUGGGAGGUAAAGAAAGAAAUACAAUCGCAGGUGGCGAGGGGGUUAAUAAGAUUCAUGCAGUGAUGGUGUCGGCAAGAAAAGGAAAAGGGUCAGGGAAAGGGAAAAGGGAUCCUCUAGCGUGGAAGCCCUUUCCAAAGGUGUCUCAGCUGCCACUUCUCACCCUUGAGCAAACAACCAAUUUGAAUUAUGGGCUCAGCGUCAUGAAGUGUAUGUCAGCAUCCGGAUCCGAUAGGACACGGUGUGGCGGUGGAAGCAUUUUUGGAGUCGGCAGGGCGAGAAUGCGUGGUUCCUGGCCAUGUCAGGCCUGUCACCCUCCUCGGAUUACAGCUGUGGCCUGUCAGUAUCAAUUGGAAUUUCAUGAAACCAAUAACGCGAGAGAUCGAAGGUGUAGGGAAGUUCAUGGACGUGGCCUUUGAUCUGAUGCAAGCACCUUUUGGCGAUCGAUGAAUUUUCUUUUGUUGUUUCUAAUUUAAAUAUGUAAUAGCUUUUAAUCUCAUGUGGUAGCUGUUCAUUUGAAUAUAACAUGUAUGUCUAAAACAUGUCCAUUGUGCAUGUUAUUUUUGUUCUGGGCUUGAGAAGCUAUGUAAUUAUCUUUGUUUCUUUACCAUACAAGACUCAGGAAUAUAAAUGUAAAGAGAGUUUUCACUAUCGAUUUGCAUUUGUGCAAACUUUUCAAAGUUGAAAAAUCAGUAAUAAAUACAGUUAAGUGAGUCUUCUGGAAUCA